AUGGAUACCACCAUUGAUUUCAGCCCUUACCGUGCCGAUGGCAAGCUCUACGGAUUUGUUUGCGUCGUAACUGGCGCCGCCCAGCCCGUUGGGCAGGCUAUCAUUGAGGAACUGGCCGCAUGCGACAAGGCGGCCAGCGAUGAAGGCUUCAAGCCUUUGGUCGACAAUGUCCACAUCGAGCACCCAAACACGAAAAUCAUCCCUUACCCCUUUGACGUAGCCAAGGAAGAAGAGACGCUUGUUCUUAUUGACGAGUUACUUAACAACUUUGGGCGUCUCGAUAUAUGGGUGUCAUCGGCCGGCCUGCUGGGUCCUCCGUCCAUCACCGAGACAACACCGGCAGACCUGCAACGCUGCCUCGAGGCGCAUUCAAUAGCACCGUUCUUUGCGCUCAAAUACGCGCCUGCGGCCAUGGCCAAGCUCACAGAGAAGAAGUCGUACCCCAAUGCCGCGCCCAAGACGCAAAAGUACGGCAGCAUCAUCGUCAUCGGCAGCGUGGCAUCAACGUACGGCGGCUGCUGGGGCCCCGCAUAUGUGGUGGCCAGCCAUGCUGCGCUUGGUGUCGUGAAGGCUGGUGUUGCGGUCUUGAAAGGCACAGGAGUGAGAAUCAACUGCAUCUCACCGGGCCAGAUUGACAUUGGCUUGGACUUGAACGGGAUCGAUCUCAAGGGGAUGAACUCCCAGUUCCCCCCUGCAAGCCUCCAGACCCAAGAAGUCUGGAAAGGCCAGGCAAUCCACAAGAAGUGGCACGAGUAG